CACCACUGCUCACUUUGGAAUUUGCCUCGUAGUAAUCGCACCAUGGAACGCACGUACAUCAUGAUCAAGCCGGACGGUGUCCAGCGCAACCUCGUGGGCGAGAUCAUCAAGCGCUUCGAGCAGAAGGGCUUCCAGCUCCUCGCCAUGAAGCUCGUCCGCCCGGGCAAGGAGCACCUCCAGGCUCACUACGCCGACCUCGCCGGCAAGGGCUUCUUCAACGGCCUCAUCGAGUACAUGAACUCGGGCCCGGUUGUGGCCAUGGUCUGGGGCGGUGCCAACGUCGUCAAGGAGGGCCGCAAGAUGCUCGGCGCCACCAAGCCGUCCGAGUCGGCCCCCGGCACGAUCCGCGGUGACUACGCCGUCGAAGUCGGCCGCAACAUUUGCCACGGCUCGGACGCCGUCGAGUCGGCCGAACACGAGAUUGCCCUCUGGUUCCCCGAAGGCGUCUGCGAGUGGAACCCCUCGCGCAACGCCUGGGUCUACGAAAACUAAGUGUCGUCGCAGACUCGUCGUUAAGCAUCGGAUGUCUGCCCAUUCAAUGCACCCACGUACCUUAUCCCGUA